AUGGCCCCGGUACUGGAAUACCGCGGCAUCCAGGUGUCCGUGCCGGUUGGCGGGCAGGUGAUGAGUGUUAUCCUUUCCAUGAUAUCACUCAGUGUCCUUUCUGUUUUCAUCACAAAAAGAGUGCUCACCAUCAAAUACUGGCGCAAGCUUCCGUUUGUUGUAUGGGUGACCUUCGCGAUUUACCUGGUAUCAUAUCUCUUCGUCUUCGUCACGGCAUUAUUGCAGUACUCAUUUGGAGUCAAUUCGAGUUAUGGCCUCUGCGACGGAGCUAUCUUACUCUGUCUCGUCUGCUAUGUUCUCACCAAGCUCAUCUACCUGUUUCUGGUUGAGAAAGCUUACAUCAUCCGGAACUCGCGAAAGCGGCGGAUGCAAUCGAAAUUGUACCUGUUCAAUUCUUUUGGUAUCAUAACCGUGUUCGUCGCUGUCGUAGUACUAAACUUCUACUACCGGAUUGUCAGAAUGGAGGAAGGCAUUUGCUACAUCGGAAUGAAGGGCCUCGGCAUUAUCCCGCUUAUCACCUUCGAUGGAGUUGCCAACACAUACCUGACUCUCAUGUUCCUUAUCCCUCUCAGAAAACUUUACUCAUUCAAGAACAUGGCGAGGACGUCAGCCAACAUCCGCCUACGGAAUGUUGCUUUCCGCACAUUCGUGGGAUCAGUUUGCACCCUGCUGAGUAGCGCAGUAAACCUUACUGUUUUGGCGGCGCUAAACGGGGAACCGGGCUGGGUCUGCCUGAUGCUCUGCAACUGUGACGUGCUCUUCUCCGCCAUCGUUAUCUACUGGGUGACGUCCAAGGACAAUGCAGGCACUACGGAGGCUAACUCAUCACGCAAUGUCGGCAAUAUGUAUGCGGAGAACAGCAUGGGCAGCGCGAUCCGCAGACCAACCCACCUUGCCGAGCGGGAAUACGCACCCUCGAUCAGCGAUGAAGUCGUGCUUGUGACUCCCGCCAGAUCAAACCGACGACUUAACGAGGACGAUAACAACAGCUCCAAGACGAGCAAUUCCAAGGAGAAGGUCAUCGUCGCCACCACUAUCAAACCAGAGAGCAGCAGCGACGCAAGUAUUGAAGCAAGUCGAAGUCCAGGAGAAGAAGAUCUAUAUCGCCAAAAUCCUUGA